AUGACUAAAAGACCUCGCUUGAAGAGGUUCAAACCAGAGAAAGUAGAAGGUUUGCUAGCACUAUAUGAGUAUUCUAAUCACUCAAUGCUUAGAUGAAUAGAUCCUUGGGAAGCUCAAAAUUAUGGAUCUUGCACCCAACAGAGAGGGAAUGGUCAAAAGCAUUGUCGACUCCUUCCUAGAUAGGAAGGAAUAGUGUGAUCACAGAGAAACUUAGGGAAAAACUUAGAAUUCUGACUGGAUUUCCAUAUUAGACACCUCUCUUCAUUUAAAAACCCCAGACUCAAGAUAAAACUUAUCAUGUUCACCUUGA